GCGGGACGGGCGCGCGCUCGCAGCGCUGUCCCCGGCGCUCGUCCGCGGUGCUCCACGCCCUCCGGAGGGUUGUGUGUUUUUUUUGGAGCGGAGUAAAGCGAAGCCGAACUCCCCUCUUCAUGUCGCUGCGGGACUCCCGGUAAAUAUCCGUCCGUCCGGUGCGGGUGAUGUGAAGGACGCUCGCGAAAAGCGCCGUUCCGCUCCGUAACGCAUAGCACCCACUCGCGGGCGGGCACGCGCGCACCGAGAGGAGGACGGAAAGGAAGCGUCGACUUUUCGACCGCCGCUUUCCGAAAGGAGAAGCUUUCUCCCGGCGGAGACCUUCCUUCUGCCUCCUGCCCCGCCGCCGAAGGCAUGUUCCCGAGGCGCUCCGCACCGCGGGGAGCUCUCGCUUUCCGCUCAGCAGCCGCAGAGGAGCAGCAGCAGCGCGGUUCGGAGUAACUCCAAGUGAUGCGGGGACCACAGCCCGAGAGCAGCACGCGCUCCUGCAGACGCCAGCCCCGCCGCACUCAGGUCGACCAUGGUUGCCGCCACCCGCUCCCUCCUGGCGCUGCUGCUCUGCCGGGUGCUGCUGGGCGGCGCGGCCGGCCUCAUGCCGGAGGUGGGACGGCGGCGCUUCAGCGAGCCGGGCCGCGCCGCCUCGGCCGCGCAGCGCCCCGAGGACCUCCUGGGCGAGUUCGAGCUGCGCCUGCUCCACAUGUUCGGGCUGAAGCGGCGGCCCAGCCCCGGCAAGGACGUCGUCAUCCCCCCCUACAUGCUGGACCUUUACCGCCUGCACGCCGGCCAGCAGCUGGGCUACCCGCUGGAGAGGGCCGCCAGCCGCGCCAACACCGUGCGCAGCUUCCACCACGAAGAAGUUUUGGAAGAACUGCCAGAAACAAGUGGGAAAACAGCACGACGUUUCUUCUUUAAUUUAACUUCCAUCCCUAAUGAGGAGUCUAUCACCUCAGCUGAACUCCAGAUUUUUCGGGAGCAGGUGCACGAAGCCUUUGAGAGCAACAGCAGCUACCAUCACCGUAUUAAUAUUUAUGAAAUUAUAAAACCAGCCACAGCCACCUCUAAGGACCCUGUCACAAGACUUUUGGACACCAGGUUGGUGCACCAUAAUGCGAGUAAAUGGGAAAGUUUUGAUGUAACGCCAGCUGUUUUGAGGUGGAUUGCACACGGACAACCUAAUCAUGGGUUUGUGGUGGAGGUGGUUCACUUGGACAAAGAGAACAGUGCCUCCAAGAGGCACGUUAGGAUUAGCAGGUCUUUACAUCAGGACGAAGAUAGCUGGUCUCAGCUCAGGCCGUUGUUAGUGACGUUUGGGCAUGAUGGCAAGGGACACCCGCUUCAUAAAAGAGAAAAGCGUCAAGCGAAACACAAACAGCGUAAACGCCACAAAUACAGUUGCAAAAGGCAUCCGUUGUACGUGGACUUCAAUGAUGUGGGGUGGAAUGACUGGAUUGUUGCCCCGCCGGGGUAUAGUGCCUUUUACUGCCAUGGGGAAUGUCCUUUUCCGCUGGCAGAUCACCUAAACUCGACAAACCAUGCCAUUGUUCAGACUUUGGUCAAUUCAGUGAAUUCCAAAAUCCCCAAGGCUUGCUGUGUGCCGACAGAACUGAGUGCUAUUUCAAUGCUCUACCUUGACGAGAACGAAAAAGUUGUACUAAAGAAUUAUCAAGAUAUGGUUGUGGAGGGUUGUGGGUGCCGCUAACACAGCGAAUAUAUCGGACAAAUGCAAAAAAGGAAAAAAAAAAAAAAAAAAAAAAGCUGACACUUUAAUAUUUCCCAAUGAAGACUUUAUUUAUGUAAUGAAAUGGAAAGAAAAAAAAAAAAAACACAACUAUUUUGAAAAUAUAUUUAUGUCUACGGAAAGGUUGGGAAAACAAAUAUUUUAAUCAGAGAAAUAUUCCUUUAAAGAUUUUAAAUGUAUUUUAGUUGUACAUUUUAUAUGGGUUUAACCCCCAGCACAUGAAGUAUAAUGGUCAGAUUCUUAUUUUGUAUUUAUUUACUAUUAUAACCACUUUUUAGAAGAAUAGCUAAUUUGUAUUUAUAUGUAAUCAAAAAGAAAAAAAAUAUAGGGUUUGUACAUAAUUUUUCAAAAUUGUAGCUGUUUCAAUCGCGUGUAUUUAAGUUGAAGAGAAGACACGGAAGGUUACCAUGGCAAAGUGCAUAGCACAUUUGCUUUCUGCAGUGCUACUGUUAAGGUCACAAGUUCAAGUCCAGAAAAAAGUGGAUAAUCCACUCUGCUGACUUUCAAGAUUAUUAUAUUGUACAAUUCUCAGGAAUGCUGCAGGGUGGGCUGUCCAAUCCAUGAGAACUGGCAUCCUCCUUAGGUGGAACAUUUGGAUAAGAACCAGACAUUGCUGAUCUAGUAUAAAUACUACUAUUCCUGACUAAUUUGCAGAGUGAAUAUAAGAAGGGCCAACAGAAAUCCCAGGGGAGGUGGGGGUGGGGGAAUAGCAAAUCCUUUCUAGACCUACAGAAAAGCGAAUGUUUGAUGUUUCGUUUAAAAGUCCUUCCUUUAAAAGUCCUGGCCAAAUAUAAAAUAAUAAAAACUCAAAUGUUAUCUUUUUUUUGUGAUUAUGUAUGCUGAAGAGGAAUAAUGAUCUUAUUUGUACUGGCCCUUGUCUUUAACAGUUGGAUAAGUGUUGCGUAUUUCCUCACCUCAGGUGGGAGCUCGCUUCUGUGCGGUGUAACAGUGAAAUUGUCAAUUUUUCGUGCUUCAUGCAGCAAGUUGUUACUGUGAGCAGCCUCCCAUCUAACCUUGGAUGAUGGUUUUGCGGUUUUACAGAUUAGCUUCUCUUCCUUCGUGGGGUUUUGUUUGAAAGGUUUUUCUUUUCUUUCCCAAGAUGUUUGGAUCUCUUUCAGGUAAUAAAUCAUGGAACUCUG